AUGACAAGUAUUGACGAAAUUUUUCAGGUAUCCUCCACCAACCGCGCCAUUCCCAACCGCCAUGCCCGCGUCCAAGAAGACGACGACGUCGAAGCCGGACCUUUACCCUCCGCAGACCCCGAUACCACACAACCAGAGGAUGAUGACGGGGACUACGGCCCCACCGCGCCGCCCGAUGACGAGGCCGAUGAAGCAGGGGACGAUGAAGAAGGGCGAUUCUUUGGCGGAGGUAUAACCGCGCAAGAGCGGGAGAUAUUAGACUUCAUGGACAGCGCCGAGCCAAGUACAGCGCUGCCUGCGGCUGACGACGCCGAGACAAUAAACCUCGCCUGGCUCAAAAAGAUGGCGCUGGCCUUUGAAAAGAAAAUCUCGCGCAACGCCGAGCUCCGCGCGCGCUUCGAGGCCGACCCGCCCAAGUUCAUCGACUCCGAGGCCGACCUGGAUGCAGCCAUCAAGGCCCUGUCCAUCCUUUCAGAUCACCCGGAGUUGUACGCCGACUUUGCACGGCUCGGGUGCGUGGCGAGCCUGGUCUCCCUGCUGGCGCACGAGAACACAGACAUUGCCAUCGACGCGGUCGAGAUCAUUGGGGAGCUCACGGACGAGGAUGUCGCGGCCAGCGAGGAGCAGUGGAGUGCGCUGGUGGACGCGCUGCUCGAGGCCGAUUUGCUCGGGUUGCUGGUCAGUAACUUUUCGAGGCUGGAUGAAGCCCAAGAGGCGGACCGGGAGGGCGUGUAUCGGGCGCUUGGGGUUCUGGAAAAUCUCUGCUCCAAGAAGGAGACCGCCGAGGUGGUAGGGUCGGACGAAGCGCUGCUAAAGUGGCUGAUACAGCGGGCGAGCAAGAGCGAGAGACCCGUUACCCAGAACACUCAGUACGCCGCCGAAAUCCUGGCGAUUCUGGUGCAAAACUCAGAGAAGAAUCGGCGGAGCUUGAUUGGGUUGGACGCGGUGGAUGCCUUGUUGCAGCUUGUGGCAAGGUACAGGAAGAAGGACCCGGAAAAGGGUGGCGAAGAGGAAGAGUACAUGGAGAAUCUGUUCGAGGCCUUGACCUGCAUCGUUGACGAGCCGGAGGGGAAAGACAAGUUUGUCGAGGCUGAAGGCGUUGAGCUCUGCUUGAUCAUGCUUAGGGAAGGGAAACUCAGCAAGCCUGCUGCGUUACGGUUGCUGGAUCACGCGGCAAAUGGACCGACUGCGACCGCCGUCUGCCAGAAGAUCGUGGAGGCUGGAGGGCUGAAGACGACGUUUACAAUGUUCAUGAAGAAGCACGAUGCGCAAACCACGGAGCAUCUCCUGGGCAUAUUCUCGUCAAUGUUGCGGCUGCUGCCCGCAGAAUCCCCAGAGCGGAUUCGUACGCUAGCCAAAUUUGUGGAAAAGGACUACGAAAAGACGGAGAAACUGGUCAGAACGCGUCGCGACUACUCCACUCGAAUGGCUGCGGUGGAUGCGCGCAUCAAAGAAGAACAAGCAGGAAUGCCCGACCAGGAAAGGGAGGAGAUGGCUGAUGAAUGGUUCUCGAGGCGUCUUGAUGCCGGCCUGUUUUGUCUGCAGACGAUAGACGUAAUCCUGGCAUGGUUGAUCGCGGAAGACGACGGAGCUAGAAAGAGGAUUCAGGCGUUGCUCGCUGACAGGGACGAAACAUUCUCCAUCCUCAGAGAAACCAUCCAGGAGCAGAUUGACGGGAUUGACGCCGAUUCUGAGCAAGCCAGGGAAACGAAGCAGAUGCUAACAGCGCUGACACAAUUCCUACAAUAA